AUGUCCAGCUCGCAAGCGAAAUGGCGCGAGGAGCAGAUCCUGAUUAUCUGUCCUGGCAGCAGGACAACCAUGGCGCAGCUGGGAUGUGCCGAACUGACGCCUCCGAUGCAUCGUAUUCCCACAAGGAUGUUCAAAGAUGGAGACGAGUGGCGGCCGUACUAUACGUUUCAGCGCACAAAGGUUGUGAAUGGCGUCGAGCAGGAGGAGUGGGUGGAGGAUGUAGACGAGGACAAGGGUGCUACGUAUCCAAUCCAAGGUGGCCGUAUCGUCCAGAUGGAUGCCUUCCUUGCCUUCCUCGACCAUGUUCACAGCUUGCUCACGACGACCUACCACAACACCCCCAUUAUGCUAAUGUCUUCUCCUCAAUGGACGAGACCCGAUUGUGAAGCGAUCGCACAGUACAUCUUCGAGAAGACGCGGACGCCUGCGCUCUGCAUGAUCCACAGCGGCAUCGCAACGCAAUACGGUCUCAAGUGGCCCAACAUGACCGUUAUUGAUAUCGGCUACGAAAAGGUUGAUGUGACGGCAAUUCAUGAUGGACGAGUUGUGAAUCACGUUGAUGUGGGAUCACCAGGUACUGAUAGUCCCAUCAGCGGCGGGGAGGUCUUCACGCAACGAUUGAUGAAAUUGUUGAAAGGCAAGAGCUUUACCCACGACAUGGCCGAGCAGUUGAAGAAGAGCACCAUUUGCGAGGUUCUCCCUUAUGCUGCCAACGAGCUGGGACUCGUGGAACUGCCCAAGGACUCGGCGCCUGCUGGAGCUGUGCCAAGUGGCUCAGCGGCCGCCGCGGUACAGGCAGCAGAUGCAGGCAAGCCUGCUGAGCCUGUCAAGCCUUCUGCCACGGGUGGUGAUGUUAACGGUGAGAACGAAUACUCAAACAACAAUAACAACGGCGAUGAUGAUGGUGUUUUGGAUGUCGCGGCUAUUGUGACGAGCGGUCAAACCAAGGAGUUCCUAGCCAAGAAAGAAAAGGAGAAGGGAAAGCCCGGCCGGAAACCAAAGGUUCAGGAUGCCGAUGUUGCGCCAGCUAAACCCGCUCGACUCCCCAAUUCCAAGAGGAAGGUCAAUACCUUUUUUUACGAGGAGAUUGUCCAGGAGCUGGUCCCCCCCGAACCCAAGCGAAAUGGUACAAACGGCGCAACAGACAGGCCAGGCGAUAAGCCCGCUCCAGAGCAUCAGCCUCCUAAGGAAGGCGAAUCCAACUCUGCCCCUGUAGAUGGCGCCGCGCCCACCUCCAAUGGCGGAGAAACCGAAGCCAAACCGGUCGAAUUCACCAGUGACGGCGCCUUGCCCGCAGCAGUCCCAGCCCCGGCAGCUGCAGAGUCCAAACCCGAGACUACACAACCAGACCACACCGUCCCCGACACCCCAGAGUACAGGCCCAAGCGCGUCCGCCGCGACAUCGAAGUCGGCCUCGAGCGAUUUACUUUCGCGGACCGCCACGAGAUUGACCGCAUCGUCACCGCCAUCUACCGCACCAUCCAGGGCAUCGACGACAUGUACAUGCGGCCCCAGUGCUGGGACAACCUCGUCUUCGUCGGCAACGGGUCCCGUCUUCGUGGUCUCAAGGAGAACAUCCUCCAGACCCUCAACGCCCGUCAUCUCAUCUCCCCUUCCACCGCAACCAUGUUCACCUCCGAGCUGCCCUCCAACAUGGCCACUCCUUCAGGCACGGGAUCCCAGACGCCCACAGGUUCAUUCACCGGCGUCCCACACCAGCUUUCCACGAGCGGCGUGAACCCCCUUCUCCAGGCUGCCACCACGGCCAGCACCUUGGGCAUCGGAGCGGCCGGCGGCACAGGAGCGGCCGCUACCCCCGCCGCCGGCUCCGACGCCGCCGGUCCCGCGGGCCAUCACUUCCACAGCCAGACACCCACGAGUAUCAAGACGGCCAAUUUGCCGGGAUACUUGGCCGAGUGGACCAAAAACGGCUUCGAGGAGGCCAUGUUUCUCGGCGCGCAGGUCGCUGCGCGAAUCGCCUUUAGUUUGCACUCUAAUAUGGACGCGCAGAGUAUCGAGGCGCAGCGGUUGAUGAGCCUGAGCAGAGUAGACUACAACGAGCUCGGUCCCAAGGGUAUCCGAACACACUCUAUGCUGAGCUAG